AGGAAAAGAUGGAUGAAUUCUUCUUAGAGGUCUAGGCACCCGCGUCGACGCCGUCCACGUGUCGUAUCAGGGCGACGCGCGAUGGUCGCGUCGGCGCGUACUCGACGUAGGGUUGCGCCGAGGUGUCCGCUCUGGAGUUUUCGAAGCGCUUCAGACGAACAAGGGCAUCCGCGUAGUUGCUGGCUGCUAUGAGAGUCCUUUCAUUGUCCUGGCCGACGAGAUCAAAACUUCUGGAGUAAACGUCUCGAAAGAUCUUAUGGGCCUCUUUUUUCCGUCCAAGCACCAUAUACGUGGACGCAAGAUUGGUCUGCACAGCGAAGAGUGUUUUUUCUGAUGCGCCAAGGCGCCGCUCCAUAGCCAACUCGGCCUCGUACACGGACAACGCGUCCUCGUGGUGCCUUGCCUCGGAUAAACCGCCCCCAAGCACGCUCAUCGCCAAUUGCCGAUUCGAGUCCCUCUCCGGCCGCCCGAGGUACGUCUUCCAGCACGCCCACCCGAGUGCGCACGCCAGUCUUGCUUGCACAGUCUACAAG